UAGGCUAAGCUAGAUCUCCGAAACUGGCACUCUGGCAGGCCUGGCAACACCAUAUAUAUACAGAUCUCAAUUCAUACAGGAGAGAUAUAUAUAGAACGAGACCGCGCGCGCGAGAGGGAGAUAUCGAAAUGGCCAACAACCGGAAAAAUCUGCUUCCAGUCGUACUCCUCUGGGUUCUGAUCAUGUUCGUAACCCUAGCUCUCAUUCUGAACCGAUUGAAUGAUGCUGGAGUUUCAUCUGGCCAGGAAAAAAUUAAUAAUGAGGCGAAAACUACUGAAGAUCCAGAGGGUGUUACGCACAAAGUGUAUUUCGACAUUGAAAUUAAUGGAAAACCUGCUGGUCGUAUAGUCAUGGGUCUCUUUGGGAAAAUUGUUCCAAAAACAGCAGAAAACUUUCGAGCUCUUUGCACAGGAGAAAAAGGAACUGGAAAGAGUGGGAAAAGUCUCCAUUACAAGGGGAGUGCUUUUCAUAGGAUCAUCCCUAGCUUCAUGAUCCAGGGAGGUGACUUCACUAGUGGUGAUGGGCGAGGUGGAGAAUCAAUAUAUGGUAGCAAGUUUGCAGAUGAGAACUUCAAACUAAAGCACACUGCUCCUGGAUUUCUAUCAAUGGCGAAUGCUGGGCCAGAUACCAAUGGAUCACAGUUCUUUAUCACUACAGUGAUAACUAGCUGGUUGGAUGGGCGUCAUGUCGUGUUUGGCAAAGUCCUCGCAGGGAUGGACGUCGUCUACAAGGUUGAGGGAGAAGGGAGGCAAAGCGGAAUACCCAAAGGCAAAGUUAUUAUUGCCGAUAGUGGUGAACUACCAUUGUGAGUUUGUGGCCUGACUUCUCAUUUAUGUCACUCUACUUUCAAUCAGGUACAGUUCAAACCCCUUAUAGCAAACUUAUAUACACAUCUACUCUUUUCUUUAAUCCACAUUCAUAUGCACAUUAAAUGAGUUAUUCUCACUUGCCAUUCUCGUUGGAGCAAAUGAAAACUGCAGAAGCUUUCUUAUUGAUCAGUAUGAUUGUGGUUUAUGGAUUAUGAAUAGUUUGUAUACAACUUCAACUGUAGAUGUUUGGCAGAAAGCCUGAAAUGAGCUAAACUAUGUUUUGCACA